UAUCCAAUCCAAUCCAACGGUGUUUUUCUUUUGUGUGUGCUGCUGGUCUCUCGAUGUUUGUCACGCUGCGCUGAAGGGCAGCGUGAAAUUCCUGAAUUAUUGUUUUUUUAGUUGUAUCACAGCAGUAUCAGCUACAGUUUUACAGCUGUUCGAUGGAUAACUACGGCGUAGCAACAUUUGCCGGAAGAAACCCUCUACCAGCCAUGUCAACACAGGCGAAAAUCGUCAUGAAAAAUACCACAAAGAUAAGCCUGAACGAAAGGUUCACAGCGUACCGUCAACAGGCGGAGAGCUCCCUGAGCCUCGUUCAAGCAAAAGUCCAACAGCAGAGACAACAGGCUUCCCUGAGGAACUUGCGCCUGGCCCAACAGAUGGCCAACAGGCCUAGUGUCAUUGCUGCUCUCAAGCUCAAAAAGCGGAGCCUGAAGCAGCGAUUGGGUCCCACAAAUGGUGCAGUAACACCCAUGGGUGUAAAGUCUCGCCUGGGCAUAGGAGGCGUUCCCCUCCACAACCGCCUUGGACCACGUGGAGGAGUGUCUUCUUAUGCGGCCAGGAACACUGCAGGAACAUCACCCAUGCUCAGAUCCAGACUGGGGUACCGGAAUGGACCUCCACCAUCAGGAGCGAGAAGCUAUGGUGGAGGACAAGUUCGAAGGGGACGUGGAUUCAACAGGAACUUGUACAGGACACCUCGGAAUGGCAACACCCUAGGAGGGCAAAUGAGACGCAACCCUGAGAACAGCCGCCGGAUGGGCAGAGGUGGUGGACGCAGAGGAGCACGGACCGGCCGCGGUGGAGCUCGAGGACGCCUGCCAAGUCGUGAUGAGCUUGACUCCCAGUUGGAUGCCUACAUGGCCAAGACAAGGAACCACCUGGAUGCUGAGCUGGAAGCCUACAUGGCUCAGUCUGACAUGUGAGACCGUCUCAAGACCACCAUGGCUAGGUUGCGCGGGGAGUGACAUGCAUUGAAGACGCACACCACUUUGGUGAUGUAGUUCCCUGGUUGUUCGCGCAUCCAUUGGCAGCGGUCCACAAGGACUAGCACUUCCCAUACUGGUUGCAGGAGGACCUGUAGCAACUGUACAUAAGAAUGUUUGAGUGAGCAGCAGUGUCUUAAUCGGUGUCUGGGGUAAAUUUGCGAGUGUCCCAUAUGCGGACUGGUGUGUCCUCGAUGCCAUACCUUGCUCUGCCCACCUCAACUCCAUUUCCCAUUAGAACAUCAUUUCAUAUAUAUAUAUAUGUGUGUGUGGUCGGCAGAAAAUUGAUAUCGUGUGUAUUGGUCACGAACAUAUUGGAGGAGCCCCGCACUUACAAAGGUCUGUUGCCUUACCGUGAAAACCUCUACGAGUGGCCUCAACUGCAGGUGUCUGUCGUGCACAUCUUGAAGGAUUUGACGUUGGGCCCUGCAAUGUGUGUCUGGCAGAAACACAGACCUCCUUUAGAGCUUGCUUCUGCAACAUUCUACGCAUCUUAGUCAUAACAUCACCUUUUGUUCGAGUGUCAUUGCUGUAGUGAUGAGAAUAAAUAAAAAUGAAGCACAUUA